CUUGCCCACCAUCCAGCCUUGCCAUCCCACGCACAAAACUCCAGUUCCGGUUCUCUCGAGGCACAGGUGCCUACAUCUAUUCGCCUUCAUCCUAUCCCCACUUUACUAUCAUCCACCAUGGGGAAGCAAACGAACCUUUACGCCUUCCCGGGCAUCGACAGCCUCGCCACCGCCCUCCGGUCCUAUGUCAUAUCAUGCCAGGAGGCUGGCCUGGCACGCCACGGUAUGUUCAAGGUCGCCGUGUCUGGCGGCUCACUGCCGAAAACCUUGGCCAAAGCGCUGUUGUCGCAGCCGUCGGGCGAGAACGAUACAGUCAAGUGGGAUAAAUGGGAGAUUUUCUUCGCCGACGAACGAGCUGUCCCGUUGGAUCACGAGGACUCCAACUAUAGGCUUGUCAAGGAGGAGCUGAUCGACAAGAUCCCUGCCGACCAGCCCAAGCCCAUUGUCCAUACCAUCGACGCGAAGCACCUUGACGACACCCAGGAGCUAGCCGAUGCGUACGAGCAGGCCCUGGUGAAGUCCUUUGCCAGCCGUGACAGCGUGAAGCUACCCAUUUUCGAUUUGCUCCUCCUCGGCUCUGGCCCCGACGGCCACACCUGCUCGCUCUUCCCGGGCCAUGAAUUGCUCCGCGAGACAAGCGCCUGGGUGGCCCCGAUCGAGGACAGCCCCAAGCCCCCACCGAGGCGUAUUACCCUGACGCUGCCCGUCGUCACGCACGCGGUGCGCAUCGCCUUUGUGGCGACAGGGGCCGGCAAGAAGGAUAUCAUGAAGGAGAUCUUCGAGGGGGGCAACGGUCUACCGUGUGCCCUGGUCAACGAGGCUACUGGUGACCGCUGCAGCUGGUUCGUCGAUAAUCCUUCGGUCGAGGGAGUCGGCUACCCCAGGAGACCAUUCAGCCUGUAGGACCACGAGCGGCUUCAGGCAUUGUUUGCGGAAGGGGUUGGCAACCACUGAUGUGGUUGUACCCGGACGCAGG